AUGAAUCAAAGAAAAGUAAAGAAUGAUGGUGGAGAUUUAUUUUUAAAUAUUUUUAGAAAUAUAUUUUUAAAAAAAGAAAUUUUUAAUCAAAUGAAAUUAUUAGAUAAACAUUAUCAUUAUUAUUUAAAAAGUUUAAAAGAAUUAAAUGAAAUUAAAUUUAAAGAGUAUAUAUCAGAAAUAACAUUUAAUGAUUAUUUUAAUGAUGACAAUAUAAAUGAAGAAUCAUUUUUAAAAAAUAAUAAUAAUAAUAAUAAUUGGAAUGAUUUAAUAAUUAAAUCAAUUAAAUUUGGAAAUUCAUUUAAUAAAAUAUUUUAUUUAACAAAUUUUUCAACAUCUUUAAUUACAAUUGAUUUGGGUGGAAAUUCAUUUAAUCAAAAAUUAUCAAAUCAAAAUAUGUUACCAAAAUCAUUGAAAUCAUUAACAUUGGGCGAUAAAUUCAAUCAAGAAUUAAUUCCAUUCACAAGUUUACCAUUGGGUUUGAAAUAUUUAAAAAUUGGAAAUUCUUUUAAUCAAUUGAUUGAAAUAGGUAGUUUACCAAAUGAUUUAGAGGUUUUAAUAUUAGGUGAUUCAUUUAAUAAAUUAAUAAAUUCAAAUUCAAUACCAAGUAAAUUAAAAGUACUUGAACUUGGCUUACAAUGGAAUCAAUUUUUAUUAAAUCAAGAAUUUAAAUUACUAAAAUCAAUUGAAAAAUUAAAAUUCAAAGGUUUUAAUCAAUCGAUUUAUGAUGAAAAACAAAGGGUUUCAUUAUUACCACCAAAUUUAAAAGAAUUAAGAUUUCAAUGUAAUUUUAAUAAAUCAAUUUAUGUUGGUGUUUUACCUCAAGGUUUGGAAGUUUUAGAAUUGGGUCAACACUUUUCUCAACAAAUUUAUAAAGGAAGUUUACCAUACUCUUUGAAAUCAUUAGAUCUUGGUAAAAGUUAUUACUAUCCAAUUGGGCAUAACGUUUUACCAUGCAAUUUAGAAUCAAUUAAAUUUAGUCCUUGUUCACUGCAAGAUGUUGUAUUCCCAAAGAAUUUAAAAUCAGUUUCAAUUGGUUAUUAUUUUAAAAGUUUACAUUUAAUUGGUGAAUCUGUUGAAACUUUAGAAGUUGAUAAAGUUUUACAUGGUAUUCCUUCAACUAUAAAAAAUUUAAAAUUCUCUUCAAAUUUUAAUAAUAUAAUUGAUUUUGCAAUUUCAAUACCUUUAACAAUCCAAUCAUUAGAUACUGGUAAUACUUUUAAUCAACCUUUAAAAAAUUCAUUUAUUUCAAAUUCAAUAACUAAUCUUACCUAUGGUGAUUCUUUUAAUCAACCAAUUGACAAAGGUGCAAUUUCAAAUUCAAAUAUUAAACAUUUAAAAUUUGGUAUCUCCUUUAAAUAUCCUUUAAAUGGUGAUCAUCUACCUUGUAAAUUGGAAACUUUAACACUUUCAAAAAAUUAUCCAAAAAAUAAUUUAAAUAAUAUUUCAAAAUUUAUAAAAAUUAAUUUUAUUUAA